AUGGCAUCUCGCCAUUUCCGAGCGGUCUUCAUCUACCUGCCGCCGUCGAGCAAGAUGCUGGACCACGACCAUCUCCACUUCAUUGCGACCAAGAUCCAGGAGGAUCCCAAGUUCUGGCUCGCGGUUCUCGCCGCCAUCGUCGUCCCUCUCUUCAUUGUUGCGCUUCUUGCGGCCAAGUCACUUAUCGACAGCAUUGACGCCGACGAGCGCAAGUCCAAGGCGGCCGCGGCCAAGAAGACACAGUAA